AUGUCAAACCCUGGAAAUGAACACUGGAAUGCAUUAAAAUGGUUGAUGAGAUACAUUAAUGGUACUGUUCAAAUUGGUUUAAUGUUCUGUAAAAGAUAUGCAUCACUUGAUCUUGUGGGGUAUGUAGAUGCAGAUUUUGCAGGUGAUAGAGACUCUAGGAAGUCCACAACUGCCUAUUAUUUCACACUGGGGGGAAACUGUGUCAGUUGGAAAGCUCAGUUGCAACCUCUGGUUGCAUUGUCCACUACUGAAGCUGAGUAUGUAGCAGUUUUAGAUGCAUUUAAGGAAGCAACAUGGUUGCAAGGAAUCCUUAAAGAAGCUAAUCUGCUGAAUGGCACAGCAACAGUCUACUCUGAUAGUCAAAGUGCCAUCCACUUAAGCAAGAACCCAGUGUAUCACGAACGAACUAAACAUGUGGAUGUAAGGCACCACUAUGUCAGAGACUUGAUUGCAAAGGUAGAGUUAAAUCUGUUGAAGGUACCCACUGAAGACAAUCCAGCGGACAUGGGAACAAAAGUGGUGACCACAGCCAAGUUCAAGCAUUGCUUGAACCUGCUUCAUAUAAGCUUAGGUUAUAACACCUUUCCUUUCAUUACUAUAGCUACUAUCAAUGUUAGCUUCUGCAAAGCAAGCUCUUACAUGGGUUUCAUCAAAAGUGAGAGAGAAGCACUUUUAAGGUUCAAGAAAGAUCUCAUAGAUCCUAUGAACCGGCUUGCCUCUUGGAAUUCUAGUCACAGAGAUUGCUGUACAUGGUCUGGCAUUGUCUGCAACAACGUGACAGGGCAUGUCCUCGAGCUCAACCUUAGAAAUCCUCCACUGGAAGAGGAUGCAUCAUCUCCAGCAGAAUCUGAUGCCGAGAACUCAAUGUUGGGCGGUAAGAUAAAUCCCUCUUUGCUUGAUUUAAAGCAAUUGCGUUCCCUGGACUUGGGUGAUAAUAAUUUUGAAGGAAUUCAGAUUCCGAGGUUUCUUGGUUCUAUGCACAACUUAAGAUACCUUAACCUCUCUCUAAGUGAUUUCCAGGGUGUGAUUCCUCACCAGCUUGAAAACCUCUCCAAUUUGCUAUAUCUUGCCCUCGAAGGCAGUUUAGAUAUUGACAAUUUAGGACUUAGCCAUCUCCAGGGACUUCUUCUUGAUGAUAAUGGGUUGAAAGGCACAUUACGGAUUCUAGGAAAUUUGACAUCUAUAGAAGAGCUUGAUCUGUCAUCAAAUGGAUUUGAAGGUGGAAUCCCAAAAUCAAUUAGACGACUUUGCAACUUAAGGUCAAUCACUAUCUCAUAUGUCAAUUUAAGCCAACCAAUAUCCGAUGUCCUUGAUAUUUUUUCUAGAUGCGUUUCAAACGUACUAGAGAUUUUGGAUUUGCAAGAAAGUCAAGUUUUUGGUCAAUUGAGUGAAAGACUUGGACAAUUUAAAAAGUUGAAUAUUGUUCGUCUGCAUUACAAUUCUCUUUCAGGUUUUAUUCCAUCCGCUUUAGGAGAAUUAUCGACGUUACAACUUCUUUCUAUUGGCUAUAACAGAUUGAAUGGAAUUCUUUCUGAGAUGCAUUUUUCCAAUUUGACAAGAUUAUUUGUAUUUCAUGCAUUCGGAAAAUCAUUAAUGUUCCAAGUCAGUCCUCAUUGGGUUCCUCCUUUUAAACUUGAAGUUCUAGGAUUGGGAUCUUGUCAUUUAGGGCCUCAAUUUCCACCGUGGCUUCGUUCACAAAAGCAUUUAGAAUAUCUUGACAUAUCCAAUUCAAGAAUUAAAGAUGCUAUUCCAACAUUUGUAUUCAAAAUUCCUUUCAAUUUUGUAAAUCUCUCUCACAACCAAAUCUAUGGGCAGAUUCGAAAUUUAACAAAGUCCACUCAGCUUGAAGUGCUUGACUUGAAUUCAAAUCGUUUAUCAGGUCCAUUGCCUCUUUUACCCUUCAAUUUGUAUCUACUUGAUCUUUCCAACAACGUUUUGUCAAGAUCAAUUUUCCAUUUGUUGUGUCAUAAGAUGAAUGAGUCAAAGCGCAUGAUGCAAAUUCUCAUCCUUAAUAACAACUUUUUGUCAGAAGUUACACCUGAUUGUUGGAUGAAUUUGAAAGGCUUAGAAGUCUUGAAUUUAGAUAACUGUUAG